UGCAUUUCGAACGCGCAGGCGACUGGUUGGAGCUUCCCGUCUCGAAAGGAAACCCAUCAAGGAGUGCUAGCCGAAUUCCCAGAGUGUAGCAGAUUUUUUGGAGUGACGCCUCUCGUGCGGUUUUGUUUUGCUUCGGACUUUCUAGCGGAGCGGAAACAAUUUCGGUGUGAAAAUUUGCAUAAAAUUACCCCGCGAAAUCGAAAAAGAACCGAGGGCGUUGAGGAAAGCGAUUUAAAGCCUUUGGGCAGUUUUCAGGCUUGCAAAGUGCGUGCGAAACUCGUCGGUCUUCAGUGGAUUUACAUAACACCCGAAAUCGCCGUCUUCGGUGGUUAGUGGCUCUAUCUCGACCCAAAGUUCGACAAAUCCAAUCUCCAGAAUGCAGCCCCUCAAGCGAUUCACACAGUGCGGCAGCCUGACCAUGCUCUUCGGCAUCUUCAUCAUCCUGUUCGGGGUCAGUUCCACGGCUCUGACCACUUUUGGCAAGACCAACAACGGGCCGCCGCCCACGCACGUUCCCAUUGUGAAAGGACGAGAGUGCACAACCCACGAUGACUGCACGGCGAUAGAUCGCACCAGCUGCGUCAAGGACCCCAAUGACUACAAGUUGCGCUGCCUCUGCGGCGACGACUCCGCUCCUUCGGCUGGAAACUGCCCGGAUGUCCUCAAGGGACUGCGUCACAGGUGCAACAGCAACAACGACUGCGAGGACGGAAUGGUUUGCCAGUUGGAGAACAGCAACCGAACCAUUGGAGUGUCCAAGUUCAUGUCCAGCAAGGCCAAGUUGUGUCUCUGCGAUAACGACAACGGAUAUGUGGAGGACAUCCUGCACGACAUCUGCAGUGGAGCCAACUUCCAGGGCCUGGUCAGCUUCUUGGUUUCGAUCUGCUCGCUUCUGGCGCCCUUUUUGGUAUCUGCCCACAUGCGAAAGCAUUUCUAGAAGGCGACCGGAGGAACCGGAGUGGCUCGAAGUCGAAGUUUGGCGUUUGUCUCCCCUAGUGAUCCAUUGAAUGUGCCUCAGUGAAACCAACAGAAACAAAGUCUCAUCUCCCCCUCCCCCCUCAUAGAUAACAAUAAAAAACGUAAUCUUUAAAACCAAAAAAAAAGAAGAAAUGAACAUGGAAAUUAAGAAAGUUUGAUACUCGUAAAUAUCGUUCAGUCGCCAUUAGCCUAAAGGUCGUUCUAUUGUAUAAGUUUCAUAUGUACCACCGUCAAAUUUAUUCGCUUCUCACGACAAGUUGCGUUAUAUACAAUAUACAUUUACUUAUAUUAUCUGAUAAAUGUUUUCUAUAGAUCCCGUAUCGACCUUAGUCAGUACAGUACUCCUUACACUAGAAAACCAGAGGUAAAUUUAGACAAGAUGUUUGGCACCAUUUUAUUGUAAUUUUAUAUGUGUGUACGUGUGUCCAAGAAUAACCAAAAAAUCAAAUAAUUAUCUAAUGAUAGGCAACUUUUCUGCAGCACUGUGAACUCAAAACGCUUACAUCGCAAUUACAAAUGUAAAACAUUUUAAUUUUUGUAUGUACUCCAGAUAAAUAGCUUUACGAGCUCACAGCCCACAAUCGAGAUAUCAAAAUAAAUACAAGAAAAUCUAUUCAUUUGUGAAUUAAUAUGUGAGGCAGCUGCAACUUUGACCUCUUGUCUCGAUUUCAUCACAUCAAAGUUGCAGGGCCGGUUAAGAACUUCUCCCAUUCAAAGCGUUUUCUUCGUAGCUGUUAUCUAUACUAUUUAAUAAAAAUCUUAAAAACCAA